GAGCUGGGAAAGCGCAACGCACGGGGCGGCCUAGGUGGAAGCUGCUGCCGAGCUUUGAGCUGAGGCAACUCCAUUCGGUACAAACAUGUCCUUUAUCCCCGUGGCCGAGAACUCGGAUUUCCCCAUUCAGAAUCUGCCCUACGGAGUCUUCUCUACACCAGAGAGCCCAAGACGAAGAAUUGGUGUGGCAAUUGGAGACCAGAUACUGGAUCUCAGUGUGAUUAAGCACCUAUUCAAUGGUCCUGUUCUUUCCAGUCACCAGGAUGUCUUUGAGCAGCCAACUCUUAAUAGAUUCAUGGGCUUGGGUUAUGCUGCUUGGAAGGAGGCAAGAAUGUACCUGCAGAACCUGCUUUCAGCUGGGAAAGCAACUCUGAGAGAUGAUGCUGUUCUACGGAAACGUGCAUUUACACCUCAGGCCUCUGCCACAAUGCACUUGCCAGCCACUAUUGGAGAUUACACUGACUUUUAUUCCUCUCGACAACAUGCUACCAAUGUUGGAAUCAUGUUCAGAGGGAAGGAAAAUGCUUUGAUGCCUAAUUGGCUGCAUUUGCCAGUGGGAUAUCAUGGGCGAGCUUCCUCUGUAGUGGUAUCAGGCACGCCACUACGAAGACCUGCGGGACAAUUGUGCCCUGAUGAAACCAAGCCUCCAGUACAGGGUGUUUCCAAACUUUUGGACUUUGAGUUGGAAAUGGCAUUCUUUGUAGGCCCUGGAAACAAACUUGGAGAGCCAAUUCCCAUUAAUAAAGCCCAUGAGCAUAUUUUUGGAAUGGUCCUCAUGAACGACUGGAGUGCUCGGGAUAUCCAGAAGUGGGAGUAUGUUCCUCUAGGACCAUUCCUGGGGAAGAGCUUUGGAACAACCAUCUCCCCGUGGGUGGUGCCUAUGGAAGCACUCAUGCCUUUCACAUUGCCUAACCCAGUUCAGGAGCCUAAGCCUCUACCUUAUCUCUGUCAUGAAGAGCCCUAUACAUUUGACAUCAAUCUCUUUGUUGCCCUGAAAGGGGAAGGAAUGAACCAACCAGCUACCAUAUGCAGAUCUAAUUUUAAGCACAUGUACUGGACGAUGAAGCAGCAGCUUGUUCACCACACUAUCAAUGGCUGCAAUCUCCAACCUGGAGAUCUCUUGGCAUCUGGGACCAUUAGUGGACCUAAUCCUGAAAACUUUGGGUCCAUGUUGGAAUUAUCAUGGCGGGGAACUAAAGUCAUUGAUCUUGGGAAUGGACAAACCAGAAAAUUUCUGCAAGAUGGAGAUGAAGUUAUUAUAACAGGAUACUGCCUUGGUAAUGGUUACCGGGUUGGAUUUGGCCAGUGUGCUGGAAAAAUACUUCCAGCAUCUUCAGUGUUAUGAAAGUUUUACAUCUGACUUAAAGAUGAAAUAAAAAGAAUUCCAGUCUAUCUUC